AUGAAACCAGUAGCUCAAGCACUUAACAUUUUACAGGGAGAAACAAACCACUCGAAUGCCUACAUGGGUUAUCUAGCACCAACGAUAACUAUACUGCGAGAUAAGCUUUCAAAGAAGUUGGAUAUUCCAGUUACGAAACCAUUGGUACAAGAAUUAUUAAAUGGAAUUGAUAAGCGAUUUGAUUCAAUACUAAAUGACAAAAAGAUUGCUGCUGCAGCAAUUCUUCACCCCAAAUUUAAAGAAAGCUGGUCUAGUGAUUGUGAUGUUAUUGAAAGAGGUAACAAAUACAAUACAACUUGAAUAUGAAGUGAAUUAGUAAGUAUUCCCAUUAUAGACAGCAUGGAUUUAUUUAAACUUGUGGGAUUUGUUUAUAAAUUUUAGGCAUUUCCUUCAUAAAUGAGAAAUUAGAGGGUUCGGUAGAACCAGUGGUUGAUGAACCUGGACAGUCCUCUUCAGAGGAUCAAGAUGAGGCAGAUUUCUUCCAAGCUAAGAACAGGAGAUCACAGUCAUUUAAAGUAAUUUCUUGA